AUGGGUGACCCAUGUCCUUCACUACACGUCCGGAUUUACAGCCUCGCACGAUGGGCGAUGCAGCGGUUAGGUGCGGACGGGAACGUUCUCUUGCGAUAUCGAGCUAUCAGGAAAGAGGACACUCAGGCUAUUACCGCUGUCUACAACCCCAAUGCCCGAGGCGAAAGGAAUAAGGCGAUGUUGUGGAUUUGGAAUCUCAAUAUCGAACAAGAUUCCGAAAAUUCCGCUUAUCUGGAAGAAUUAUAUCGGGUGAAUUGGCUCAGGGCUAAAUCGAGAGCGAAGAGGUGGGAGGAAGAAUUUAUCCUGUUGAGGGAGGAGAUGGGGUGGGUGACGAAUUUCUUCUCUUUUAAGGAAGAGGAAUGUCGUCGCUGGGCGCUACUGAAGAAGGACUCGCCCGGGCAUGUCGCAUAUGCAAACAGGCAAGGGGAAAUGUGGCGUAUGAUGGGCUUGAAUGCGGGGGAAGCGUUUAGAAAGACAUUGGAGAAGGAGUCUAGGUCGUCCGUAUAG